AAUAUUAUUUAGGAUUUUAAACGGUUACUAUGAUCAAUGAUCUCACCAUGCCUUGAGGUGCAUAAAAAACUGGUAGGAGUUAAAGUCGAACUGCAAUGUAGUGGCAUCUAUAUUAAUUGGGUAUAUAAUAGUGACUUUCAGGUCUAUUUGCGAUGCCAUAUGCAAAUACCGAAGCUACCAUUAUCCAUUUAUUAUUGUAUUAUACAUAACACAGUCGACGUGUCCAUCUUCUGAUUGAUUAUCAAAAUCAGCUCUAGUAAAUAAAUCAUGUAUAUCUAUACUUACAUCUCCACCACUUAUUUUUGAGCUGCACUAUAGUAUUUGAGUAGAGAGCAUCUUGAGGAGCGUAGCUAGCAGUGUAGCAGCAGCGAACACUGGGAUUAAAAAAAAUGCUUAUUGGCUCUGAAAAAUGCUGAGGACAGCAGAGAGCGACACGUGUCCAGCACAAUCCCACCUGUCUUAUUUCUUCGUGACUAAGCUUAAGGUGGGAUCCACAUGCUGAUGUAAGCCCCAUUUUACCCUUUUAAAAGCCAACCCCACCAGCACAAGUGCCGGCUGAGUCAAAAGUAUCCCCUAAAUGACCGAAAUGCCCCCCAGCGGGCCUACCAAACUGCCCAUGGUUUUGGCCUUAAAUACCGCUCUCCUCUCCUCCAUUUCUUCCCUUUUCCCCUCCUCUCCUCUCCCCCUCCAACAAAACCGUUUUCCGGCCAUGUUGUCCACUUUUCCGGCCUGUCUCUCCGCCGAUGCCUUCCUCGGAAACCCCUUCGAACCCGGUUUCCCGCCUUGGGAAAACCACGAACCGCCGUUUCUCUUUCAUCCACAUGAGGAACCGGUUGUUUUCACCCCACAGUUGUCCCACGAACCGGUCAGUUCAAACUCCGGUUCGCGCGCCCAAAACCCAGCCCUGAGUUCCGGUUCGGACGAUUCGAAACGGAACGAACCUAAGACGUUAAGCUCCGGUUCUGACGAUCAGAGCCGGGAAAAUUUUAAAAACAAACGGUCCGGUUGCGAUGAGACUAGUUGUGUAGACGAUCGAAAGCGUAGGCGUAUGAUGUCGAACCGGGAGUCGGCGCGGCGCUCCCGAAUGCGGAAACAGAAACACUUGGAGAACCUGAGGAACCAAGCGAGCCGGCUUAAGCUAGGGAACCGGGAACAAGCGAACCGGCUGCGGCUGCUUGUUUGUCAAACUCAGAUGUUCCUCGGAGAAAACGAACGCCUCCGUAAUGAGGCGGCGGUUCUCCGCCAAAGACUCUGGGAAAUACGCCAAGUACUGGUUGUCCGCCAGCUGCAGCAAUUUUUGAAUCCCAUGCCCAUGCAAAAUAAUCACCCCACUCUAUAAUUUAUAAGUCAAUCAAUCGAUUAAUUACAUAAUCAACCACUACUAUAUUUAUUAAAUAUGCAUGGAUCCUCUCUCUCUCUCUCCUCUGCUUUAGUGCAUGUGUAAAUUAUAGUAGCAGUAGUAGAGGUAGGAAUGAUUUCGGAAUUGGAUGGUUCUGUUUAUUUGAUGGAACCAGAGUACAUUAUUUUGUAAUUAGGGAGUCGCUACAGUUUGUGUUAUCUUUUCAAAUUUUACUAUUUAUAAAUAUUACAAGUCUUGAAAA